AUGCCGAACCAUCUUGCUCGAGCCGAGCAGGCAAUCAGGGACAACCCGAAUGCGAUCCAGCGCGAUGUCAACCAGGGACACCGUUUCGUUGGCCACAAAGCUGAUUUCGAUGGCGAGAAUAGAUUCGAGCUCUUCUUGCUCGACGAGGGCGAGAAGAAGGUCGAGGUCAAGGACGAGACUCGCGUUCCAAAUACUGCGGUCUUCACCUUCAACAAGGAGGAUCACACUCUCGGCAAUCUGCUCUCUCAGCGCCUGCUCAAGUACCCGAACGUCACCUUCUCGGCGUACAAGGUUCCGCACCCGCUCUUCGCCACUUUCGAGCUCCGCGUCACCACCGACGGCAGCAUCACCCCCAAGGAGGCUGUCGUCAAGUGCUGCAAAGACGCAGUCCAGGACCUCGAGGUGCUCAACCGCAGCUUCACCACCGAAUGGCUCGGCAAGCGCAUUGUCACUGAGGGCGAUGCCGAGCGCGCUGCUCGCGAGGGUGGCAACUUCUAG